AUGAUUACAGUGAAGAAACUGCCUCCACAUAACUCUGUGGCAUUUGGGAGUGCAGGAGAAUGUCGUACAACAUGUUUGAACAGUUGCUCAUGUAAUGCUUACUCUUUUGUCGAUAAUCAGUGUUUGGUUUGGGAUGGAGAUCUCUUGAACCUCUCGGAAGACAAUGAUAAUGAUAGUGGGAAAACAAUCUUUGUCAAAGUCGCUUCUAAAGAUCUUACACAUCAUAAAAAGAGUAAUUGGAUCACCAUGGGUGCUGUUGUUGGGCUUGUAGGAGGUGUGGUUUCUGUCUUGGGUGUAAUUUUGGUCUUGAUCUUUAGAAAAAAGAGGAUAUCAUUAUCGGUGGGUAAGACGAGAAUGGAGGGAUCAUUGGUGUCAUUUGUCUACAAAGAUUUACAAAUUGCCACCAAAAAUUUCUCAGACAAAUUAGGAGGAGGUGGGUUUGGCUCUGUUUUCAAGGGGGUACUGCGUGAUUCGUCGAUUGUGGCAGUGAAAAAGCUUGAAAGCAUCAGCCAAGGAGAGAAGCAGUUCAGGAGUGAAGUCAGCACAAUCGGUACUACCCAACACGUUAAUCUUGUACGCUUUCGUGGGUUUUGUGCACAAGGUAACGAUAAGCUUUUGGUGUAUGAUUACAUGGCAAACGGCUCUCUGGACACCCAUCUUUUCCAUGGAAAACAAGUUCUAAACUGGGAAACGAGGUAUCAGAUUGCACUUGGAACUGCAAGAGGCUUGGUUUAUCUUCAUGAGAAGUGCAGAGACUGUAUCAUUCACUGUGACAUAAAGCCAGAAAACAUUCUCUUAGAUGCCGAAUUCUGUCCAAAAAUUGCAGAUUUUGGUCUGGCAAAGCUUGUUGGUCGAGACUUUAGUAGGGUUUUGACAAGUACAAGGGGGACAAUAGGAUAUCUAGCACCAGAAUGGUUAUCAGGGGUGGCUAUCACAGCCAAAACAGAUGUUUAUAGCUAUGGAAUGAUGCUUUUUGAAUUGGUUUAUGGUAAGAGAAAUGCAGAAGCAUCUGAAGAUUCAAGGAGUAAAUACUUCCCUGGUUUGGUUGCAAAUGUUCUUAUAGAGGGAGGUGAUGUCCUUAGCCUGCUAGACACUAGGUUAAAUAGGGAAGAAGCUUGUGUUGAAGAAGUCACGAAAGUUUGCAAAGUUGCGUGUUGGUGCAUCCAAGAUGAGGAAGAGAGAAGGCCUGCCAUGAGUAUGGUGGAACGGAUUCUUGAAGGUGUUUUGGAUGUGGACAUGCCUCCGAUACCCAAAAUCUGUGACUAUAAUUGUUGAUUGAUAACACAUACAUUGUAGUCAGUCACAUUGGAUGUGGUGAUUUCCAGUCCAAGACUUACAUUCUUCAAGGCAAUUAAUUCCCUUUAUUUUCUAUGUUAUAUUAAAUAUUACACAUAAUAUCGUUGUAAAAUAAAUGAGUCGUUGACUUUUUUUUU